AUGUCUGCCUUUCAUCAUGCAGUAACUCAAGUUUUGGAUAAUGGUGGAGCAACGGAUGAGUGCAUAAAUCUUUUCAACAAGUUGGGUCUUUGUUUGUCACCAUCUGCUGCGGCAAAGAAGUAUGAUUUGAUAGCAAGGCAAACUGACCACAUACAACGACUGAUGAUUUCAGAAAAGAAAGCCCUCGAAGAAAAUACAGGUGAGGAUUGCGUGCCGUCUGAAAUCAUUGGAGAUAAUUUCGACAUUAUGAAAAGUCCAUCUCAUAUGAGCAAAGAGAAGCAGCGACAAAGUUGGCAUUGUUACAGUUCAAGGUUUCAAAUAUGUCAGAUUCUCUACCAGCAGUUUUACAAGGCUUCAUCUACCAAUGACCGGGGAACUCUUUCCCAGCUGAGAAACAUUGUUCAUCGAGUUGAUGUUAAAGGAGCAGAAAGAGUUAUCGAAAGUUACAGAGCACACUCUGCUUUCAUUGAUGAUUGCUUAGAUGCUUUCAUUGUUGGUGCCUGUAUGCAUCACUUGAAAAUGGAGAGCAUUGAAUGUGAACCACAGUCCAAACAGAUUCUCUUUGAGGCCAUCUCAUCAGAGGAUAAGAUGCAGUUCAUUGCUAACAUCGCAUCAGAAAUACAGAAAAAGUACAUCAAUCUGGAAAACGAUUUGCACACCUUGGAACAUGCUUCUGAGAAACUGGAUAUGCAAGAGCAACAAAUCAAAGAUAUGUUUGAUGCCACUGAGGGAUUAUACCACUGUGUUGAUUGUCGGCGCCCAUACAAGAAGCAGGGACACCUUAAAAAUCAUCUUAAAAAAGAACAUGAUUGGGAAUUUCAUCAUCAAGAUCAAGAAGCUGGUGAAGAUCAUGAUCGAGUGGCCCUUUACAGAGCAUCAUUUAUGAAAUGUGCUCUUCUACUUAGAGACACAAGUGACGCUUAUAAAUUGGGUGAUGGAAAUAGAAUUAUGGACAAUUCCAAAUUUCAAAUGCUUCUCUCAGGGAUUGCACAUCAUACAAAAUACCAACUAUGGCUAUUCAGAUUUCUAGCAAACUAUCACUGCUUGCUAAGUCCAAGGGAAGCAUUUGAGUACAAAUGGAACUGCACAACAAAUAUGAAAGGUGGAUGUGGGCAUAACAUUCCGAAUGAUAAUUUGGUAGAGAUUCUAGUCCAUCGACUUAAAUCAAAGUUGCAAUCGCAGGGAGCAAAUGUGACAUUUUCAAGUGCGCGGAAGGCAGCUUUGACUCUUCAAAUACAAGAUGAGAUCAAGGAAAAUUUAAUUGAGAAGUCUGGCAUGAAGAAAUCGGGGACCACUCGUUCAAGCACUUCAAAGGACAAAGACAUUGUACUUAUGGUGACUGAACUCUCUGCUGCCAGUGUGUUUGAUUACAUUCCUGGUAGAAAAUAUGACAAUUUCAAAAACUUUAAUGAUCUGUUUUCCAGAAUUAAUAUCCCAGAAUUACACAAAUGGUUAAGUAAACAAAAGGAGAGACUGUCUUAUGAAGCCAUUUAAAUACUGUACAUUGUAUAUGCAGUAUAGAUUGAUGUAAGUCAAAGCAACCAUAAUGAAAUGGAAAAAAAAGAGCAGUUGUUCUCAAUUUAUUGCAUUAACAUAUUAACAAAAUGUUUUCUGACAGUGCUAAAUAACAAUUUGUGUACCAAUCUAAUUAAAAUUAGAUCCUAUGAUCCGCUCAUCUACUAUCGCUACACAUGGGUAGAUGAGCGGACCAUAGGAUCUAAUUUUAAUUAGAUUGAUUCGUGUACAUACAUGUACUUACAUGUCAUUCAUUAUAGUUACCUUCAUCUUCGUCUUCAGUAUCUAAAACACUGUACAUAACAUCAUCUCCGAAUAUUUCAUUGAUAACAUUUGAGAUUUGGUUAGCAACAUCAUAUGACCAUACAGCACAGUUUUUCAAAAUAUCUUCAGGUGUAAAAAUUUGAUCAACAUGCUGUACAACAUAGUGUAUAACAUCAUUAGACAAACCGUGAAUUAAUUCUGAUUUCAUCAGUGUUGAAAAAUUUGACAGUUUAAAUUGUAAUGCAUCUAGUUUCUGCUUUAAUAGUACCCUGUCAGCUGAAUUGACAUCUCGGCUCAUAUGAUUCGUAUUUUCUUCUUGCAAUUCAAACAAUAGUGCUGGAUGGGUGUCCGUACAGUUAAGUUCACAUUUGCAACUUUUUUCACAGACAUCACAACACAUAUGCAUUGGAAUCACCUUCUCAAGUUUACAUCCAUAAGACGAACACAAAAUUUCUCGUCUACACUUUGAAUCUUUAGCCAAUUGAACAAGUUCCUCUUCAACUCGUUUUAAUUGUCCCUUGUGGAAUUUGUAAAUAAUAAGUUCAUGCGCAAAUUAUCCAUCCCUGCCUGCCCUACCCAUCUGUUGAACAAAAGUGUCCAUUUCUCUUGGGAGGCCAUAAUGAAUAAUAUUAUGUACUUUGUAGAAAUUUACACCCAUGCCUGCCGAAUUGGUACAUAUCAAAAUUCUAAUUUUUCCAUCUUUUGUCAUAUCUGACCUAAUGUAUUCUUUUCUGCCUUCUACUGUUUUGCUAUGAAACAUUUCAUAAUGUUCACUUUUUCCUAUCCUUUUUCUAAAUAUUGCAUAAAUUUUAGACACAUCACUUAUUGAUUCUGAAAAUAUUAUAUGUCUUGGAAGUGUUUCCUUUUUCUUUUCAAAUUCAUUCAACAACCAACCCAUUACAUCUUCAAUUUCACUGUUGUUAGGGACACACAUUGAGGAUAUUUUAAUGUUUUUCCUAUCGGGAGACUCUGAUAUGAUCACAGUUUCAGAUGUCCUGAAGCAAAGACUUUUCGUGAUUUUGCAACGCUGUGCAGGACCUGAUGUUGCGGUUAAGGCAGCUAUAGGGACGUCUGGGCAAAUUGCUCUCAACUCUCCUAUUUGACUGAAAUGUUCCCUAAAGGCCUUAUGGUGAUCAUUUCCUUCACCCCUAAAUUAAAAAAAAAUACAGUUAAGUAUAUUUAAAAUGUGUCCUUGCUAUGUCUCACUUAACUCUCUCAGAUUAUCAAGCCCCAAGACCAUAAACUUGAAUCAAAAUUUUCAUUAUAUUUCAAGAUUUAUCUUGCACAAAUGUUUGUAAAACUGCAGGUUUAUAGGGGGAUCAAAUGCAAACAUAUACUGAAAAUAUUAUUUGUUUAUGAAAAUUAUUUCAAAAGGUAGCUGGAUUUGAAAUUUAGACUUAAGAAUAUAUUCUCCGUUUAUGGUCUUGACUUGAGGCCUGGUAUAUAUGAUGCAGGUAGAUUGGAAUAGUAAACAAUGACUCAUUUAAGGGUGAAAUUUUGUAAAUAUAGUUACACCUGUGUUUUAACAAAACAUUUACUAUCAUGUUGGUGGGGAGGGGUGUCAUAAACAAGCUUGAUUACCAUUGAACAACUGUGUGGGCCUCGUCCACGACGAUGACUUUAAUUUUCUCUCUUAAUUUGGAUACCAUAUCCCUCCACUUCUUCUCGCCAACCAGUGCCUCCGGACUGCCAAAAAUAAACUGAAAUCCCCCUUCCUGUAACACAUCAUCGUCGUCUGGGUCCUUUCCAAUAUAUGUACAAGUGAAACCUAGCUUGCAGAGUCUUUCCGUUUGUUCUUUCAUUAUGGAAACAAGGGCUGUCACAACUAUGACACAAGCGUCAUAACAAAUGACGGGAAUGCUUUCGUAAAUCAUAGAUUUCCCGCUACCCGUCUUCAAUCCUACGAAUACAUCCUUUCCAUUACAAACCGCUUUGAUCCCAUUUACUUGAUUUCCCCUCAAACACUCUAUGCUAAACCUCUCUUCAAUCUGUUUUCUCUUUUCAUCCGUCAACUCCAUUUUGU